CUCAUUGCAUUACCUCUUUAAGCCACUUCUGUUCUCCUUUCAGGAUAUCCAUAUACAGUUCUCUUAGUUAAUUUGCAGCAGAAUUGAACAAAACGAUAUCAAAUUAUGGGUAGUUUUUGGACUUUUCUCACCCAUCUCCACUCCCUUGCAGGGCCAACCAUCAUGCUCUUGUAUCCCUUGUAUGCAUCGGUUCGGGCAAUUGAGAGUCCAUCAAAGCUCGACGACGAGCAGUGGUUGGCCUAUUGGAUCUUGUACUCCUUCCUAACUCUCAUGGAGAUGGUGGCAGAGCCUGUCUUAUAUUGGGUACCCAUAUGGUAUCAAAUAAAGGUGGUUCUUGUUGCUUGGUUGGUCCUUCCACAGUUCAGGGGUGCCUCAUUCAUCUACGAGAGGUUUGUGAGGGAGCAACUUAGGAAGUAUGGGGCCCAAAUAGGUACAAAUGGGGUCCACUCCUCCCCUAAGAAGGGAGAGAAGGAGUCGCACUGAGGAAGAUAAGUUAAUGGGUGACAGGUGUUGCAGAUCUCGGCUUCUCUUUUCCUUCUUUUCUUUUGGGGAAAAAAAAAGUGAGAUAUGAUGUUUGUGUUCCAAUUUCUUUUCUACAUGGAAUGUGAAAC